UCUCCUCUCUCUCUCUCCCUGACUGGAGUCCCACUGAGCGGCUCUCAAACUUCAGUGUCGAGGCUGAAAGCGGAGGUACAAGAGCCGGAGCCGACAGACUAACGGCUGGACUGUGUGUGUGUGUGUGUGUGUUUGUACCGGACACAAACGGCGCCAACGGCCGCUUUCAUAUCUUGUCUUUAUAUAUUUCAACGGCUGCUAACGGUCGGUCGGUUGCAGGAUUUACACUGAGCUCUCGGUUUGUUGUUUUUUUAUUCACAUUUGUUGUUUUGUCGAAGUUUCCGACGCCACGUUUUAGUCACGGACCCUCAAUCUCGUCUGUCUGUGGGAUUAAUCGUUUUUAAUUCAACACUGACUCACUACUUUCUGUGUUUCCGGAGGGUUUUCUCCUCUAACGGGAGCGGUGACGGUAACACUUGGACCUGCCUUCGCCAUGGGGAAAUAGCGGAGAUCUCUGUGUAACCGACCACCCGUGUGUGUGUGUGUGUGUGUGUGUUUGACACUUUCAUGCUCGUUUUUCAAAGACACAGCUCCGUUUUUCCACCAAAACAAUGAGCAUGGAUGGUUGUCCGCUGAAGGUGGUGAUCUUCCUCUGGUGUCUGCUGGUGAUUUCUGGCUCCAGCUUUGAGAUCGGCUCCUACGACCUGGAGCGGGGCAGACCAGCCAAGUGCGAGCCCAUCGUGAUCCCCAUGUGCGAGGGGAUCGGCUACAACCUGACCCGGAUGCCCAACUUCAUGGACCACGACGACCAGAAGGAGGCUGCCAUCAAGCUGAAUGAGUUUGCCCCUCUGGUGGCUUACGGCUGCGAUGUGCACCUCCGUUUCUUCCUCUGCUCCCUCUACGCCCCCAUGUGCACGGACAAAGUGUCGACCUCCAUCCCAGCCUGCAGACCCAUGUGCGAGCAGGCCAGGGAGAGGUGUGCACCCAUCAUGAAGAAGUUCAGCUACACCUGGCCCGACUCGCUCGACUGCUCCAAGCUGCCGACCAGAAACGACCCCAACGCUCUGUGCAUGGAGGCCCCCGAGAACGAGACCAGGACGGAGGGCAAGAAAGGCGAGGGCAUGCUGCCGGUUCCCCCUCGACCCAGGCAGCCGGGCGGCACCAGCGGCCGCUCUCCGGGCAGCAUGGGCUCCUGCGAGAACCCCGACAAGUUCCAGUUUGUGGAGAAGAGCCAGUCGUGUGCGCCCCGCUGCUCCUCCGCCGUGGACGUCUUCUGGUCCAGGCAGGACAAGGACUUUGCCUUCAUCUGGAUGACGGUGUGGUCCAUCCUCUGCUUCAUCUCCACAGCCUUCACCGUCCUCACCUUCCUGCUAGAGCCUCACCGCUUCCAGUACCCCGAGCGCCCCAUCAUCUUCCUCUCCAUGUGCUACAACGUCUACUCUGUCGCCUUCAUCAUCCGCUCGGUGGCCGGGGCGGAGAACAUCGCCUGCGACUGGGAGAACGGAGAGCUGUACAUCAUCCAGGAAGGGCUGGAGUCGACGGGCUGCACCAUCGUCUUCCUCAUCCUCUACUACUUCGGCAUGGCCUCUUCUAUCUGGUGGGUCAUCCUCACCCUCACCUGGUUCCUGGCUGCGGGGAAGAAGUGGGGCCACGAGGCCAUCGAAGCCCACAGCAACUACUUCCACAUGGCCGCGUGGGGCAUCCCAGCUCUGAAGACCAUCAUCAUCCUAACAAUGAGGAAGGUGGCUGGAGAUGAGCUGACGGGGCUGUGCUACGUGGGAAGCAUGGACUCCGGGGCGCUCACGGGCUUCGUCCUCAUCCCUCUGUCCUGCUACCUGAUCAUCGGCACCUCCUUCAUCCUCACCGGCUUCGUGGCGCUCUUCCACAUCCGGAGGGUGAUGAAGACGGAGGGCACCAACACGGAGAAGCUGGAGAAGCUCAUGGUGAAAAUCGGCAUCUACUCCAUCCUCUACACGGUGCCGGCCACCUGCGUCAUAGUCUGCUACUUCUACGAGAGGCUAAACAUGGACUACUGGAAGCUGAGGGGGCUGCAGAUGAAGUGCGGCUCGUUCAACGCGCUCACCGGCGACUGCUCGCUGCAGACGUCCGUGCCCACUGUGGCUGUGUUCAUGCUGAAGAUCUUCAUGUCGCUGGUGGUGGGCAUCACCAGCGGGGUGUGGGUGUGGAGCUCUAAGACGCUGCAGACCUGGCAGGGCCUGUGCAGCAGGAAGCUGACAGACAGGACUAGAAGCAGGAAACCCUGCAGCGGCGUCAGCUGCGGCAGCACACACUGCCACUACAAAUCUCCUGCUGUGGUUCUGCACAUGGCCAAGACUGACCUGCACUCAGACAACCCUACACAUGUGUGAGAGGGAGGCAUAACACACACACACACACACAUUUAAACAUACGCACACACACACACUGCCAACUCACAAACACACACAUAUGCCCUGAGUAAGGAGCUGCUAAAGACUUAAGGAAGAUGAGUGGUUGAAUUGAACUGUCAGUCACUGCUCUGCUGCUGCCAAUGGACACACACAGGUACAGGCGUCACUAUCUAUAAACAGUAUUCAUCACGUAAAGGGAAAUGUUCAGUAUUGUUACCCAUAUUCUUCUGUUUCAUAGUGUUCUGUGCAGUAGACAUGCCCAGUGUUUCGAAGCAAAAAAGCUAUCUUGGGAAAUAUGAGUUCUCUCUGAAAGUGGCAUGAUUCACUGUAUAAAUCUGUAUAAAUGUUUUAUUUAUUGUAAAUAUAUUUAAUUUAAAGUUAUCAGAUUUGUUGUUUAGAUGCAUUUAUUGAAGGUAAAGGGAAAUUUAAGUGCCUUUUUAUAAGAAGUCUUC